AUGGCGGCCCGAGAGAGGAGACCGCCAAGCCAGCAACACCAACAGCCUUCUUCGCCUGUGGACUUUGACAAGGAGAAGCUCAAGAAGGCAUUCGACAUUUCCCACUUCGACAUCAAUGCCGUCUUGCGAGGAGUCCAGCUUACUCUAGUUGGAGCCCAUCGAGCACUUCAGAAUCCUGCUUUGUUCAGCUCUGAACACUAUCGCCAGGCCGCAAUCGCAGUGGCAGCUGGUAUAGCUAUCCGUCUUGCCAUCUAUAUCCCGAUUCUCGGCGUCCGGGUAUUCCUAUGGUUUCUGUCUCUCAUCUUCCGCCUUGACUCUGUCACCUGGGACGAUAAGAUCCUCGAGGGCCUCAACUUCGUCGCGGACUAUGUUUUGCAGGUGCCGCUCUUCCUUAUGACUCUGAUGCGUUAUGUCACACCGACACUAGACAACCUCUUCAUGGAGUCGCUGAGGUGGGUAGAUGUGACCUACGUCCAGAAGCAUAAGCACGAUGACCCCAAGGACCUCCGGGACAUGUACUACCCCAACCUGAGGCAGUACUCCACCCGUGACGGCAGCACUCACACGACCAGCACCGCCGAGGCCAUCUCUAUGUUCCUGUACAGGUUCGCGCGCAAGGCCGGUAUCUCUCUCGCCGUCUAUGCGCUGUCCUAUCUGCCCGUGGUCGGUCGGUUCGUCCUACCCGCUGCCAGUUUCUACACCUUUAACCAGGCAGUUGGCCUUGGCCCGGCCUCCGCUAUCUUCGGCACAGGUAUCUUCCUACCGCGGAGAUACCUCGUCAUCUUCCUCCAGACCUACUUUUCGUCCCGCAGCCUCAUGCGCGAGCUUCUCGAGCCUUACUUCGCCCGCAUCCGCUUUAAUAAGCAGGAGAAGCGCAACUGGUUCCGCAGUCGAGAAGGGCUGCUGUUCGGUUUCGGCAUCGGGUUUUAUGUCUUGCUUCGGGUGCCGCUCCUAGGUGUGUUGAUUUAUGGUGUUGCAGAGGCUUCGACUGCAUAUUUGAUCACCAAAGUUACGGAUCCACCACCGCCUGCCAACAACAGCGGUGGUUUCGCAACGAGCCAACAGGAGUGGAAGAACAAGCAGAAAUUCCUCAGUCUGCCCCUGUCAAGUCUGGAUAAAAUCCAUGACAAGCCGCCUGCGUACUCCGAAGUGGAUCCCCAUCCCGAGGCCCGACCGGGAGAGCUCUAA